AUGGUCAUCUAUCGCUCUAAGAGUCUCCCAAAGUCCCAUCCUUUACCGCCCAAGAGUGCCUUGCUGGGUGCCCAUCACCUCCACUACUUCUAUGAUGCCCCUCCCGAGUCGUUCUCCCAUAGCCCUACUCCCCUGUUCCUAUAUCCAGGAAGCAUAUUGUCCAAGGAACGAACACUACUGCUUCCAGCUAUAACCCAUGCCUCGCACCGCCCGAGCUGGCCUCCUCCAGGCUGGACCUCAGCUACCAAGGACCCGGAACCACCCCACCCCGGUGUGAAGCCCGGGAAAGCAGGGAAGAUGACGAAAGAGUGGCUGAAAUACAGGACGACGAUACUGGGCCUGUACAAGGACCAGAGGAAGACCCUCGAUGAAGUGAGGCGGAUAAUGAAGGAUGAAUAUGGUUUUGAAGCCUCAGUCCGGGCGUACCGGUCCCGCUUCGACAAGUGGCGAGUCCACAAGUACAACUGCUCGCGGCGGCGGGCGGCGACAGUGACGGUGGGCACGGAUGGCUACCAACAGCAGGGAGGGUGCCUCUGUGGAAACCGAGGUUGCCAGAUCCAGGGGCCGCACGCCGAGUGCCAGUUCCUGCCCAUGACGAGGCAUUACUCUGCUCCCGACGUGUUGGUGACUGAAAGCGAUACCCGACAGUUCUCGCCAUUUAUGCCAUACGCGCAGCCAGGGAUCAAGACUGAACCGCAUGUAGAUACUGAAACCAGCCCCAGGACUUCAGCUUUUGGCGGGGAAUAUACCGGACUGCCAUAUCGCCCCUGGUUUGAGUCGCACAACGAGGGCGCCGGGGACGCCACAAAUGAAGCAUCGAAGGUGGAGAGCGUAGUCAGCUCGCCGUCGCGCAUGCUUCUCAAUAGCGGCCUGCCAGUGCGCGUAGACCACAGUGUGUACCAUACAGAGCAGCUCCAUUGGAUCAUCCAAGCAAUCCAGCUGCCACUCCAGCAACACGCCCUCGAUUCCCUGCUGCGAUGUCUCCUCAGCAGGCCAGAUGUGACCCGCGUCCUCCCGAAUGGCUCGACACCGUUCUCCCAACUGGCCACCUUGUUCUGGCAGCAACUAUCCUCGGACGGCACACUGGGGUCCGACAACACAUGGAAACUGCUAUGCCAGUGUCUGCGGGAGUGUCUGUCCCAAGGGGCUGACCCAGACGUCCAGGUCGGUGAGAAGCCGCUCCUAUUCCAGAUCCUCGAACAGCCCACGAGGACCAGGGCGUUCGGGCUACUCUGGCCGCUCGUGUGGCACCUCGCCACGGAGGCCUGCCCGACACACCACGGCCUCAGCGCGCUCCACGUCCUGUUCGACGAGGCGGCCCCGGCCCCGGCACCCACCGAGGCCUCCGCCCGAGCCCACCUGGCGAAACUGCUCACCGGCCGCCUCGCGGCGGAGGGGCGGCUCGGCGACCGCAACGCCCGGGGCCUGACGGCCCUGCAGCAGUACGUCUACCACAGCGCGGCGCACGACCUGCCCGAACACGUGCUCGCCAUCUGCGCGGAGCUCGUGAGGCAAGGCGGCGCCAGCGCUGUUGUGCCGCCGUGGUUCAUGGACGACAUGCGCGCGGGGAGGCUCCACGGCGGCGGCGGCGGCGCCACCGCCAGCUUGCUCCCAGUCGUGUGGGUCUCGGCAUGCCAGCAUAGCCUGAGGGGGGAUGCGCCCACCGUCGACGAGCACAUGCCUCUCCUGCUGUACUGCGUCGGCGGGCGGGCCGAUGCCGAGGGGCUCAAGGUCAUGCUGCCGCGGCCGGUGACGGCGCCCAUGGCUCUGCCCAGUCCUGUCUCGCCCAGGGGCGAGGUGAAGUAUGCUUGGUGA